CCGUAUUUUGGACAACAACAACAACAACAAAGUCAACCAGAGUAAACAACUUAAAAGGCUAACUAGGCAGGAAAAGGCUGAACAUGUAAACCUUAGGCUGAAAAUGGAUAAAAAUGGAGAUUUUCAUGUGUGUUUCCUCUGCAAUUCAAUCAUUCAAGGCCUAGAAAACUAUGUCCUUCAUCGGAAAAAGGAAUGCACAAAUAAGAACAUUAAAGAUUCUUCUACUUUAAAUGAAAAGAAUGAUGUCUCUACAAAAGAAAGCAGAGUAGUUGGCGCAAGCUCUCCUGACUGUCAUAAUGGCUCACCAUUUUCACCAUCAGCCACAGAACCCCAUCAAAAUGCUUCAAAUAUUCCAUGUGGCACACCUCCAAUCACAGAUGAUGGGAAAGCUGAUUCUUGUGGUCUGACUAAUGCCUUCCCAACAACUACACUUCCUGGGAAUGUAUGUUCAAAUCCAGAUAGUGGUCAUAUAUCUACAGUUUCACCCGAUAUUGAUGGUGGCGAUUUAAGUCCCAUACCCACAAUCCAAGAAACCUCAGAAUCUGUCAGUGACUCGUGCUUUGAAGAAAGUAAUGGAAACCAUGGCCUCCUAAGUACAAAAGCUACUAUGGGUUUUGACAAGCCAACUACAUGUAUUAUGAAAAAGAACAAGUCAAGGAAACCUGAAAAUGUAGCCAAUAGACAUAAUGAUCAUGGUCCAAACAGCUCUGGGCUGUGCAUUGAAAUAAAAAAGGAAGAUGAUAUAAAUGAUCAAACAACAGCUGAUAUUUUAUAUGACAUGACGUUCAACAAUGAUGAAGACAAACUCCCAGCCUACAGCAAAAAUGGAGUCCUCCAUAGCAGAAAUGACAACAAUGUUCGGAAUCAAGGGCUGCCUUCUGACACAGUCAAUGAAUUUGGUUUGAAUAAAGGUCUAGAAAAUUUUACCAGCUCUCCUUGGAAAAAAAACAGUACACAGAAGGAAGGGAAGUGUCAUACUGUUACUGAAAGAACAGGAGAAGAGAAUGCUGAUACCUUCUUGAUAACUAAUGAUGUUGAAAGUAUAAAAGUUGAUGAUGAAGCUGAAAAGAAUGAAGCCAAUUCAAAAUUUAACUCCAUCAAAAUGGAAAUUGUCAGUGAUGAAGAGAUUGAAAUAGAAGAAUCCGUUCAAGAUUCACUUGCACUGGCUGAUGUGGACAUUUGUCAUGUCUGUGAUAUGAAAUUCGAAAAUAGGUUGAUGGUGGCAAAGCACCUUCUGUCAAGUUACCAUAAAAGUAGGUCACUAGCUUACCCACAAGCCCAUUUAGAAAUGAUGGAAAAGUAUGAUGAAUUUGUUGUCAAAUUCUGUCCAUUUCAUUGUGCCAUUUGUAUAUAUUAUUUCAACAGCUAUGAAGAUUUUCAAGAACAUUGUCAGACUGCCGAUCACAAAAGCCAUUGCAGAGCUUUGUCAGGUGAAAUUGUAUGCACUCUCUGUGAUUUUAAAACUGGCAGUUGUACUGAUAUCGAGGAACAUUUGCUGUCUAUUGAUCAUUUAGAGGCUCUGAGGAAAAGCAAGAAGAUUUUUAUUCUGAAGGAACAACCGGAAGUCCCUAGAUGCAAACACUGUGGUUUGGAAUUCAGGUCGCAUGCAAGUGUUUUGCAGCAUAUGCAGCAGGAACAUGCUGUUAAGAAGCAAACAUCAAGAAAUGUAAGAAAUGGAGUCUGUUGCCCACAUUGUGAAAAGAAAUUGCCAUCGAAGGCUGCGUUAAAUAGACAUUUAUUGUUUAGUCAUGAAAACAGUCUGAAAACUAAGAACACAGAACAGAAAGAGGCUUUGACUCUUAAAACAAAAAUUAAAAGAACAGAAGUUAUCCAUGACAACCAUGACGCUGACACUGACAAAAUGAAAGAAGUUUCGGCAUCUGCUGGUGAUGAGCAGACAAGCCAUAUUGUGAAACAAGGGAAAAUAUCUGGUGAAAAAGCUCAAAUUGAUAAAAAUCAAUUAAAUAAAAUAAAAAUACCAACUGAUGAUAAUUCUGAUGGCGAUACUGAUAUUGUGCUUGAUAAGAAAACAGAGAAAAAAAGAAAGCCAAAACAACAAAAAUCGGAUAAACCUAAGAAGACUUUUAAAUGUGAUCACUGUGACUUGACUGUCUCAGGUUAUAAAGAAUUAGGGGAACACUACAAGGAUGAACAUGCUAAUGAAACAAGACGAUGUGAACCAUGCAACAAGGUGUUCUAUAGCGAGAAAGCUUACAAUGCACACUGCAUAAGCAAAAGUCACAAAGUACAAUCAACGUCCAACAUUUCUGGAGUGGGGUCAAAUGUUUUUGAGUGUGAAAUCUGCCAUGAGGGUUUUCCAGAUAAAAACUACCGCGACUAUCAUACAACAUACAUUCAUUUUCACCCGAGUGAAGCAAGCUUAAAAAAAGAGAGAGAAACAAACAGCAUCACAUAUGAGAAACAUAAGGAUUUCAUAGAUCAUAUGGAUGCCAACUGCACUAAAUCAGAAAGACUUUUGUGUCCGAUCUGUGGGGCUUCUCUGCAAAAGGCUACAAUGAUGGCUCACCUAAGAACGCAUACUGGAGAAGCGCCAUUUGUGUGCAAGCUUUGUACAGGAAUUGCAUUUUAUUCAAGGAAUGGUUUAAGAAAGCAUUUGUUUCAGCAUUACAUCAAGUCCAAUCAUUGUAAUAUAUGUAGUAAAGACUUCAAGUCACUAAGCGCUUUUCGGAAACACACAACUGUUCAUAUGGCCGUGAAGAGAGGAGAAAAACAUGUAUGUGAUGUUUGUGGAGUGACGUUUCCCCUCCUGACGAGACUUAUGACUCAUAAACUGAGGCACUCCGAAAAAUCCUUCCCAUGUGACUUUCCUGGCUGUCACAUGACUUUUUAUUUUAAUGGAGAACGUACAAGACAUAAAAAAGAGGUGCACGAAAAGGAGAAAACUUUCUUGUGUGACUAUGUGCAUACGGUACAACAGCAAGGUAUAAGCUAGAGAGACAUAGGAAAACGCAUAUGGGAGAGCGAAAAUUCCCGUGUGAACAUUGUUCAUACAAGGCGGGAAAUCUCACACAUUUAAAACGGCACAUGAGGAUCCACAUUGGGGCUAAGCCUUUCCUAUGCCCAUAUUGUAACUACGCC